UCAAAACUGACCAUAUCGACCAAGAGUCGAAACAAUUCCCUGCUGCUGGUACAGUCAAUAACAUAAUUCUAUCGUCGUUGAAUGAUUACGUGAAUUUCGUUGCUUUUCUCUAGCACCAUGGCUUCACUUUUCUCCAAGAUAUUUACUAGGCCCACUGCCAACAUUAUCGGAAUGAUCCAUGUACCUGCUCUGCCAGGUGCGCCUAAGUUCAACGGAUCUUUCUGUAGCGUCAUUGACACUGUCCAACGUGAAGCUGAGUUAUAUGGACGAUGUGGAGUGGAUGCCAUUUUGGUGGAAAACAUGCAUGACCUGCCGUACCUUCGGCGCUCAGUAGGCCCAGAGACAACGGCCGCCAUGGCCGCCGCUUGUUGUGCAGUACGGCAGAUAGUUCCCGCGUCGAUGCCGUGCGGGAUUCAGAUUUUAGCAGGUGCAAACAGAGAAGCGCUGGCAGUGGCAAAAGCAGCAAACUUGCAGUUUGUGCGAGCUGAAGGCUUUGUGUUUUCUCACGUCGCCGAUGAGGGCUGGAUGGACGCAGAUGCAGGAGAACUGUUACGCUAUCGCCGAUCUAUUGAUGCUGAGAAUAUUAUGGUGUUCUGCGACAUCAAGAAGAAGCAUAGCUCACACACAGUCACUCAGGAUGUCUCCGUCGCAGAUACAGCCCACGCAGCCGAGUUCUUUCAUAGCGACGGUGUCAUCUUGACGGGCUCGGCAACUGGCCACGCUGCCAGUGCAGGCGAUCUCAAGUCAGUACAGGCUGCAUGCCCAACCCUGCCAGUCAUUAUCGGCUCGGGCAUCACGGACAGCAACUUCACAGACUUCUCUUCGGCACAGGCAUUUAUCGUUGGCUCGCAUUUCAAAGUCGGGGGAAACUGGAAGGAGCCAGUGUGCGAAGAUAGAGUGCGCCGAUUGGUUGAUGCUGUGCGCACUAGCAGAUGAAAGCGUAUGUAAUGAUAAAAUACGUCAAGCCAAGCAGAUUGAUGUGGAGCUACUUCCACUGCCGCCCCCAUGUAUGCGACUGCCGGACACGCAAGGGACCAGCAGCCACUGCCAUUGCUCAGGGCAUGCAGCAAGCCGCCCCGUGAACAUGGAAGUGAGAGAGACACCUGGCAAGACAGGGCAUACGGAUAGCACUGGCUGUGUUCUGAGGGAAUGCAUUAAUGGCAAGCAUCCAGUGUGAGAUUUACAAAUCAUCAGGAUCGGGAUUGACUGGUUCCACUGCCUCAGUGACCCAAGGAUCUUUACCUGAGAUACCGUGGACGAGACGAGAAUGAACACAAUAAUCAUGAUCAUAACAAUGUGUACUGUAGCUGCCAUUCGCAGUGUACGUACAUAUCCAUCCAAUUCGAAUCCACUUAUAAGAAUUUGAGGCACUGAUAAUUUUGUACUUGUACUGAAAAAACGUUCAAAUGAUAAAAAAUGACAUGAACAUUACAUGUAUAAGCACCAUGAAACUACAUCUAAUUCUAAAACGUAAAAGACUAAAACUGUACUCUAUGUGUACUCAAGUUUGACUUAUUUUUGGAUGCCCUGGCAUAUCAUAUUAAAAAGUUCCAUGAUAAUUUCAUACUUUGGAAGCCUACCUCAAGGCUGGUUCA